AGUCGCUGAACUGCCGACCAAUAGCGCGUGAGUUUCCGGUUUGGCCCGCUGCUGCGUAUGAUGCGAUGUCGCAUUCUUCGUCUGAGAACCUGUUAGGCCCACCGGAGAAUGGCCAAUCAAUGUACUGUUGUGCUGGAGACGGUGACAGGGACCAAGAUGGCUCCCUGAUAUGCAGCAAAGCAGAACGUUUGGACCGCUCCGCACAGCCGCCUUCAGUCUCAGAAGUGUCCGAAUGCAUUUCUCUACUCAAGUGUCAUCGCGCUGCUGGUCCUGACGACCUUCCACCUGCUCUCUUCAAGGAUGGCGGUGGAUUCCUCAGUCAGUGCCUGUCUAGCCUAUUUGGGUUUAUCUGGAAGAAGGAGACCGUCCCAGACAACUGGGGUGAAUCGAUAGUGGUACCCCUUUUCAAAAAGGGCACUCGCAGUGAACGUAGCAACCACAGAGGCGUUAGCUUGACGCCUGUUGUGAUAAGGCUUCUGGCGUCAUUGAUUCUUCGUCGCCUCAUGGCGGCACGCGAAGUCUUGACUCGUGAGAAUCAAGCAGGAUUUCGACCGGGUAGAGGCUGCGUUAACCACAUCUUCACACUCCGUCAGGUGUUAGGGCAACGCCACAUGUACAGACGACCCACGAUCUUGCUAUUCCCCGACUUCAUUGGUGCGUUCGAUUCUGCUGAUCGGUCAGCGUUUCAGUUGGUACUUUUUGAACAGUUCAGCAUCUUUUUAAACCUCAUCUAUCUGAUUCUGGCAUGCAGCCAGUUUAUUCCGGACCUCAGAGUUGGAGCGCUGUACACCUACUGGGGUCCCUUGGGCUUCGUUCUGUGUGUCACAUUAAUUCGCGAAGCGAUCGAUGACAUACGCCGUUUCCUACGUGAUCGUGAGGUCAAUCAGACUAUAUAUGGCAAAAUUAUGAGACACGGACAGGUCCGCGUGACCAGCGCGGACAUUAAGGUCGGUGAUAUGAUUUCUUUAGAGAAGAACCAGCGCGUCCCUGCUGAUAUGGUCCUCUUGUGGACUUCCGACAGGAACGGGUCCUGUUUCAUUCGGACUGACCAACUAGAUGGGGAAACGGACUGGAAAUUGAGGCAUGCAAUUCCUACAACCCAGACAUUCGUUAACAGUGUGGGUCUACCGAGCGCACUUUUCGACAUGCAGGCCCAGGUGUUCGCUGAGGCUCCUCGGCAAAACAUUCACUUAUUCGAAGGGACUUUUGCUCGAACAGAUAUUGCCGCACCAGGUGAUAUCGGACCGGAGAAGACUGAAGUAUCACUCAAUUUGGAUCACACACUAUGGUCGAACACGGUAUUGGCAACCGGCAGCGCCAUUGGCUUAGUGAUCUAUACGGGCAACGAGACGCGGGCUGUGAUGAAUUCCAAUCGUGCACGUACUAAAAUGGGCAAAAUUGAUCGGGAGAUCAACAAUAUCAUCAAAUUAUUGUUUGCUAUUGUGGUUGUCUUGGCGUUUGUGAUGGUCGCACUGAGAGGCUUUGGCGGUGCUUGGUACAAACAUUGGUGGCGCUUCAUGGUCCUGUUCUCCUACAUCAUCCCACUGGCUCUUCGUGUCAACAUGGACCUCGCAAAGAUUGUCUAUUCUUUCAUGGUCAUUCGGGACCGAGAUCUUCCCGGUUGUAUGGUUCGUAACACAACUAUUCCCGAAGAACUCGGUCGUAUUGCCUACUUGAUGUCCGACAAGACUGGCACCCUUACCCAAAAUGAGAUGGUGUUUAAAAAACUACAUUUAGGCACUGUGGCUUUCGCUCCGGAUUCCAUGGAAGAAGUCGCACAGGGACUGCAACAUCACUUCGCUUCUCAAUCCAGUGCGGAUAGCCAAGCUGGGCGCCAGAUGCGCCGAUCCGGUAAUGAGCGGAUGAGUGCCGCUGUUUUGGCCGUUGCCUUAUGCCACAACGUGACCCCGAUGACUGAUGAUGACUCUGAAGUUGACAAAUCUGUCGGUGACGUGAAAAAUCCGCUAGAGUGGGUACAGUCAGCAGCUGAUCCCGUUGGAUAUCAAGCGAGCUCGCCCGACGAGGUUGCUCUGGUGCAAUGGACUGCCACGGUGGGUGUAACGCUCAUUUACCGUGAUCAACACCACAUGUGUCUUCGUCUAUCUAACGGUUUGCUUUUGACCUACGACAUUUUGAACCUCUUCCCCUUCUCAUCGGACUCCAAACGGAUGGGCAUCAUUGUGCGUGAUCGUGCAACCAAUAAGAUUACAUUCUAUGUGAAAGGCGCAGACACUGUGAUGAGCACACUGGUUUCAUAUACCGACUGGCUUGAAGAUGAGGCAGGCAAUUUAGCCCGUGAAGGACUUCGGACGCUUGUGGUAGCAUCGCGAUCACUCACUAAUGAACAGUAUGAUGACUUUGCCGCGAGAUAUCAUACUGCAAAGAUGUCAGUGACAGAACGUGUAGACAAAAUGCAAGCUGUCGUAGCAACGCUGGAGACAGAAUUAGAGGUGCUAUGCCUCACCGGCGUGGAGGAUAAACUACAGGAAGGUGUGCGUCCUACUCUGGAGGCUUUGCGCAAUGCUGGAAUCCGUGUAUGGAUGUUAACCGGGGACAAACUGGAAACUGCGGAGUGUAUUGCUAAAUCUUCUCGUCUAGUGGCUCGUAACAUGCCUGUCUAUGUGUUCCAGAAUGUUACAGGCAGAAUGGAUGCCCAUUUCGAACUCAAUUCAUUCCGAAAACGCUGUGACCAUGCUUUGCUAAUAACAGGCAUUGCAAUGGAAACUUGUCUACGAUACUACGAACACGAAUUCAUUGAACUCGCUCGCCAGUCACCUGCCGUGGUUGUUUGUCGGUGUUCGCCUACGCAGAAAACCCAAAUUGUUCGACUUCUUCGUAUGCACACACGCUCCCGUGUAGCUGCGAUUGGUGAUGGGGGGAAUGACGUGGGUAUGAUUCAGGCGGCGGACGUGGGUCUUGGUCUAGAGGGCAAAGAAGGCAGACAAGCUAGCCUUGCUUCAGAUUUCAGUCUCACUCAGUUCCGUCACACGGCUCGUUUGCUCCUGGUUCAUGGGAGAAACUGCUACAAAAGCACUUCAGCCCUUGCUCUGUUCGUCAUUCAUCGGGGUGAUCUUACGCUCGCCUUAAAGGUUAGUUGCUUGACCAGUUAUGAUGGCAACACUCAUUCUUCAUGCUGUAUCAUCACCGUCAUGCAGGCCGUCUUCUCCGCCGUCUUCUCCUUUGUCUCCGUCUCCCUCUUUCCUGGUUUCCUGUUGGUCGGCUACGCCACCGUGUUCACAAUGUUUCCUGUGUUCUCACUGGUACUAGACAAGGAUGUUCCCGACCGUAUUGCACUCACUUAUCCCGAGCUAUAUAAAACACUACAAAAGGGUCGCGAGAUCACAUUCAAGUCGUUCUUUGUCUGGCUACUCAUUAGCGUAUAUCAAGGUGGUGUCAUCAUGUACGGUGCGCUGUUACUAUUUGAAGAUGAGUUCAUCCAUGUGGUUGCCAUCACCUUCACCUCCCUCCUGCUGACCGAACUCCUUAUGGUCGCAAUUACGAUCCGGACGUGGCACCUGUUGAUGGUACUGGCGGAAAUUAUCAGUUUGGCCAUCUACGCGCUGACCUUGGUUGUGAUGCGGGAACAAUUCGAUCCAAAUUUUCUACGUACCUUUGGAUUCUUUUGGAGGGUUCUGGCAAUCACCGGGAUCAGUUGUAUACCCAUCAUCAUUUUGAAGUUUAUUCACUACAAGUUCCGUCCUUCGAUUUAUUCCAAACUCCAAUAAUCGUUGCGUGAUAUUUGACAGUUCCCCAUGACCUCUCGAUGCGCCUAUGCACAUCACUAACCAAAUUCUGUUGACGCUGAUAUCGUCCUUUUUCCUUCACACAUGUUUUAGAUCAUCCCUUGUCUUCAUGCAUCCUGUUUUUUGUCACUUGUGAACGUCCGUCAUAAUGGACCAAGUCAUCUGUCGCCAUUUUGUGAUCUAGUUGGAUUAGAACUGUCUGCUCUCGAGACAUGUUUCUUCCUGAACUCUGUUGUAAGGUAUCAUGUUUCACCACUUUGACGUCAACAUAUAUGCUCUUGAUUAGAGGCUAAUAGCAUUACAUUACACUCCCGAC